CGGCAGUAGCAGCGGCAGCAGCAGCAGCAGUAGCAGUAGCAGCAGCAGCAGCAGCAGGCUGAGCCACCUGGAGGAGAAGGCUGUGGAGCACUAUGCGAUCCUCUGCAGCAUAGAGCAGGUGCUGCAGCAGCAGCGUCUGCGGAUUCUGCAGCAGCUGGAGCAGCAGCAGCGGCAGCUGCGGCGGUUGCGGCGGCACCAAGAGCUGCAGCAGCACAUGCGGGACUGCAGCCGCAGCAGCAGCAAAAGGGGGGGGGCCCCCAAGGGUACAGCUGGCUCCUCAAGCGCGGGGGGCUCCUCCGAGGGCCUCUUAACAAAUGCAGAAGGGAGGCCCCUGCCAAGCAACAGCGACGCGCUGCUGCUGUGGGAGCAGCAGCAGCAGCAGCAGGUGCAGCACUGCCCCAGCGGCAAGCCGCGGGUCUCAGCUCCCCGCCCCGGCCCCCCCCAGCCGAUACAGCAGCAGCUUGGCGCGUUCUGUGCUUUGGGGGGGGGGGGGCCCCCUAAAAAUGAAGUACCCGAGGACUUGGGGGCCCCCCCCGGUGCCCCUGCUGCAGCUAAGGCUCUUGCUGCUCCUGCUGCGCUGCUGGCCCAGCAGCUGCGGCUGCGCAAGGCAAGAAAGAGGAAGCAAACUGCUGCAGCGCAGCAGGAGAAGGGGGGCCCCCCGGGGGCCCCCGACAGGGGCCCCGGCGGGCCCCCCUACUCCGACGAGGAGGAGGCAGAAGGAAGCAAAGAUGAGCUGCAAACCCAAACAUUGCUCCUCUCUCUUUUUGAAAAGCAGCUGGCCCCCCCGUUCCUUGUCCAGUAUCCAGGGAGCUCAGCAGCAGCAGCAGCAGCAGCAGCAGCAGCAGCAGCAGCAACAAGAUGCGUGCACCCUUCACCCCGCAAGAUUGCUGCAGGGAAUCCGCUUACUGCUGCAGACUGCUCGCCCGGCGGCAGCUCUCUCUGA